AUGAGAGCAGUGUGUUGUUGUGAUGGGUUUAGUGGUGGAUACCACCAAAUGAGACGUCGCCUAUAAAUGUGCUCCAUUUGGCCGCUUACUUCCAUUGCCAACCCAGUCGCUUCCUUCUGCGCGCGGUUGCUGGGGAAGACGACUUCCGCGCCCGUCUCCUUCAUCUUUCCUCUGUCCUCCUCCGGCAAAUGGAGUUGCAGAGGCGCAGAAGCAUCUCGCUUCCGCAGAUUCUGGCGACAUGGCUGCUUCUAAUGGCGGCGUACACCGGACCGGCAGAGUGCAUCAGAAGGACGAGCCGCUUCCACGGGGAGGACGAGGGCGACGGCAGCGGGGCGGUGGAGGCGUUCAAGUACUCCGCCACCGCCUGCCGGGCCCACACGGCGUCCCUGGAGGACUUCGGCGGGGUUGGCGACGGCGCCACCUCCAACACGGAGGCGUUCUCCGCUGCGGUGACGCACCUCAGCCAGUUCGCCUCCGACGGCGGCGGGAUGCUCUUCGUCCCCGCCGGGCGGUGGCUCACCGGGCCCUUCAACCUCACCAGCUCCUUCACCCUCUUCCUCCACCGUGACGCCGUCAUCCUCGCCACACAGGACAUGAACGCAUGGCCAAUCAUAGAUCCCCUUCCCUCUUAUGGCAGAGGGAGGGAUGCCGCUGGAGGAAGAUACAGCAGUCUCAUUGGAGGAUCAAACCUCACCGAUGUUAUCAUCACAGGGGACAAUGGAACCAUCGAUGGGCAGGGCGCCUUCUGGUGGUCCAAGUUCCAUGGCCACAAGCUCAAGUACACGCGAGGCUACCUCAUCGAGCUGAUGCACUCCGACCAGAUCUUUAUAUCCAACCUCACACUCCUGAAUUCUCCUUCGUGGAACAUCCAUCCGGUCUACAGCAGUAACAUCGUUGUUUCCGGGAUCACGAUCCUUGCGCCGGUUCAUUCUCCCAACACUGAUGGGAUCAACCCGGAUUCCUGCUCCAAUGUGCGGAUAGAGGACUGCUACAUCGUCUCAGGCGACGACUGCGUCGCGAUAAAGAGCGGGUGGGACGAGUACGGCAUCGCCUACGGCAUGCCGAGCCAGCACAUAGCCAUUAGACGGCUGACGUGCAUCUCGCCGACCAGCGCGGUGAUCGCGCUGGGUAGCGAGAUGUCUGGGGGGAUCCAGGACGUGAGGGCGGAGGACAUCACCGCCAUCAACUCGGAAUCCGGCGUCCGGAUUAAGACGGCGGUCGGAAGGGGCGCUUACGUGAAGGAUGUGUACGUGCGACGGAUGUACCUGAGCACGAUGAAGUGGGUGUUCUGGAUGACGGGCAACUACAAGUCCCACCCCGACGACAAGUUCGACCCCAACGCGAUCCCCGUGGUGGACGGGAUCAGCUACAGCGAGGUGACGGCGUACAACGUGACCAUGGCGGCGAGGCUGGAGGGGAUCCCCAACGCGCCCUUCACCGGCAUCUGCAUCUCCAACGUCACCGUGGAGUUGAGGAAGGCGAGGAAGCUACCGUGGUACUGCGCCGACGUCGAAGGGGUCUCGAGUGGGGUGUCGCCUGCGGCAUGUGCGUCGCUGGCGGAUCAGGGUGACGGAGCUCAGCCGUGUCCGUUCCCCACCGACGCCUCGCCCAUGGACGACGUCCAACUCCAGGAGUGCACGUACGUGAAAGCCAUCAGUGCUUGACGUGUAUGCUGCGGCUUCCUCAUGCUUGAUGUUGCCAUGAAGGUCUUACAACAGUCAACUAUUCCUUCUC